AUGAAAACUACUCAAAAGUAUGGCAUCAUCAGAUCACUGCAGGCGAUUCACAGAGCACAAGUGCUUAUGUAUGGAAUAUGGUCAAGUGCAGUCUCAUCAUCAGCCUAUCCGACUCUUGAGCAUUCAACGUCACAACCUUUGACAGAUCAAUAUGGAGAAAAUAAACGUGAAGAAAGCGAUCCAUUAGAAUAUUGCACACUUGAGCAGAAACAACCUAAACACAAGGAUGAAAAUGGUGAUCCAAAGGAAGACGAAUCAUUUCUUGACGGAGAUGGACCGGUCUACUGUCAGGGCAAUGGAACCAAUAAGCAAGAACUAAAUGCUGAAGCUGAUACGAAUGUGUCAGACAGAAAAUGUUAUGCUAGCAUUCUGGGGACUGUGCAGCUGCUGUGUAGUAUUUUUUCAAUGGAUUUUAUGGCCAAUUCGCUCAUUUAUGCAACGAUUUGA